CUUUUUAAAUUUCCUGAAUAAAUAAAAUAUCAGUACGCAUUAUCGCAUCUCAGUUCAAAGGUUAUAGUUCAGUGAUGGCCAAGAUGGCAGCCUCCGUACUGGAACACGGGGAAGAUGCUUUUAGAAAGAUUUUUAAGCUCUAUAAACGCAGAAAUCCUCCACCUGAUUUCAGCGAUGUCAUUGACUUUUCCAAAAACUUAAAGAAUGAUAUGGUCUUUAGUGUUGAGCUGAACCCCUCUGCAGUGAGUGAGACGGAUGCAUGCAGAGCUGGUCUGAGACCUGUAAGAGACUGGAGGGCUUUUGGACUGAAAGAACACUCCGGGUUCAUCUUUAUUUCAAAUCCUUUCCUACCGGGCUCCCAACAACACUGGGUCAGGCAGUGUCUAAAGACUUACCCACAGAAGCCAAAUGUAUGCAACUUGGAUAUGCACAUGGCCCCCACAGAAACUGAGGACAUCUGGAAGAAGAGUGCAGACAUCCUUCGGAAAAAGACUCAAGGCAAGAGGGAGCCCAAGACCCUGCUGGAGAAACUGCGCUGGGUGACCCUGGGCUACCACUAUGACUGGAACUCCAAGACCUACUCUGCAGACCACUACACUCAGUUCCCCCCCGACCUCCACUCUGUAUCCCAAGAGGUGGCUGCCGCCUGUGGUUUCCAUGGUUUCAGCGCCGAGGCUGGCAUCCUGAACUACUACCGCGCCGACUCCUCUCUGGGCAUCCACGUGGAUGAAUCUGAGCUUGAUCACACACGCCCCCUUCUGUCAUUCAGUUUCGGGCAGGCUGCUGUGUUCCUGCUUGGCGGCACCAGGAGGGAGGACCCGGCCACGCCCAUGUUCAUGCAGAGCGGUGACAUCAUGGUGAUGUCAGGCCCCAGCCGCCUUCUCUACCACGCCGUCCCCUGCAUCGUCCCCGCACCCACUGGGCAACCUCUGCCUGCCUGUCUGCAGGAAUCCCAACAGGGGACAGACCUCCACACUGACGGCCUCAUGCAGGAAGUCCCUUUGGAGGACUGGGAACUGUGCUCCAGGUACCUACACACAUCCAGGGUCAACAUGACCGUUAGGCAGGUCCUGGGUGAUGGGCAGGCCUUCCCGACGGACACGACCUCCAGGGAGUCAGAGGGUAGCCCUAAGGAUGGGCAACAUGAGCAGCAGGAACAGGAUCUUAAAGCCAAGAAGAAGAGGAAUAGCUCAGGAUAUGACCUCGACCUCUGACAUAAUUCAAGGUCAAAGUCCGAUGAAAAGUUGGCAGUUUUGAGUCAAACCUUUCAAAGCAAGCAUCGACAGCAAAAUAUGGUGUUUAUUGUCAAACGUAUGAGAUUCCACCUCAAAAUGUAUAUGUACAUAUAUUUAUAAAUAAAGUAUUUAAAGAUA